AUGGGGGGUAUUAAUUUUCUCAAAAAUUAUACCUUCUUGCUGGCAAUUCUUAAUUUGUUUUGUAGUUUUCCUUUGAAUGGUGUCAUGGCUAGUGUUUACAAUGUUGGUGACCAAGAAGAAUGGAGUAGCCAGACAAAUUAUGCUUCAUGGGCAGAGAAAUACAAUUUUAGCCUAGGCGAUGUUCUUGUUUUCAAGUACGUGAAAGGGCAACAUAAUGUGUAUGAAGUGAAAGAGGAUACUUUCCGAUCGUGUGAUGCAAGUAGUGGAGUGUUGGCAAAGUAUGAGAGUGGAGAAGAUCAAGUGGCACUCAAUGAGGUAAAGAGAUAUUGGUUCAUUUGCAAUAUAGCAGGGCACUGCCUUGGGGGAAUGAGGUUUGGAAUUGAAGUUAAGCAUGGCAAAAAUGCUCCCCUUCCUACUAAUCCCACGGAGGGUGGAUUAAUUAACACACCAAUUGAACCAACUCCCUCGAAUAAUUCUUCUACCAGUUAUAUCUCUGAAAGAUGGAGACUGAUUGAGAAUUUUAUUCUCUUUGGAUUAUUGUUGUUCAAUUUGUAUUUUUAA